AAAAUUAGCGAAGCUCUGAUCGCUCGGUGCUUGUUCCGCUCCCGCGUCUCACACACGCUCCGUCUUUCUCUCUCUCUCCUCCCGUGUCUCUCUCUCAACCCGUGCCUCUUCUCUCCUUCGCCAGGCCGCCUUCGCUGUGCUGCUGCUGACGCCUCCGACCGCUCGCCGCAAGCAUGGAUUUUGUGAUGAAGCAAGCGUUGGGAGGAGCGACGAAGGACAUGGGGAAGAUGAUGGGCGGCAACGAGGAGAAGGACCCGGACGCCGAGAAGAAGCAGGAGGAGCAACAGGAGGCCCUGCGGCAACAGGAGGAGGAGCGCAAAUCCAAGUACGCGAAGAUGGAGGCCGAGCGAGAGAACAUGCGGCAGGGGAUCCGAGACAAGUACGGGAUCAAGAAGAAGGAGGAGCGGGAGGCGGAGGCGAACGCGGCCAUGGAGAUGCCGUGCGAGGGCAGCCUGACGCGACCCAAGAAGGCGGUGCCGGCCGGCUGCGGCGAGGAGGAGGAGGAAGAGGAAAACAUCCUCGACUCGGUCAUAAAGUUCCUCCCCGGGCCGCUGCAAGACAUGUUCAAGAAAUAGAGGAGCGGGGAAAUGGGGGAAGAGGCGCUCAGCUCGCUCAGCUCGCACUCGACGCACAGAUAAUCAGAUCAGAUGAAUCAGCCAAACCAGGUCAGGCCUGCAGUUCGUUAAUUGUUGUUGUUAAUUACGACGACGAUAAUAAUAAUUGCCGUAGCGAUGGUGAUGAUUGAUGAUGGUGGUGAUGAUGUCUUUUUUUUCAAACUGGUCUUUUGAAAAUGCAUUUAAAAAUAAAGAAUGUAAACAUUCUAAUUAUUGAGAAGCCCCGAGUGAGACGGAAACAAACAAACAAACGCAAAAACAUUUUUUGGGAAAAAUAUAUUGACGAUAUUUCAAUAAUGUAAGACGGGCUUGUCUUUUCAGUUGCAAAGAAAAAAAAACGUACGUUCACGAGAAGGUGUUUUUUUUUGUUCGGUCCUAAAUUCACGAAGGAGAGUUUUAUUAUGCGGACGCGCCAUGGAUGUUGUAACUGGGUGUUGGGGCAAGCCGCACGGCUCUCUCUCGGAGUUGCAACAGAAGGGGAAAGUUUUGCCGAGGCGUUGGUCCUCGCCAUGGGCUUUUAAUUUCUCGCUUCACGACUCUCCGGCGAGGCUGCUCGGGGCUGGCUUGGCUCGGCGAUUACCGGCACAAUGCAUUUCCACGCGAGUACAAGGUGACGCCUUAUCCAUGAAAUAAUCCUAUAUUAUUGUACCUACAUUCCUGCAAUCCUAUGAACAGUUUUUAGGACACAAUUUGGCGUGAGAUGGAUGACGCGGUUGGGUGCCAAAAGAUUAAUUCCCCAGAACGGCCGUUUUUUCCGGAAUGUUCUGGCGAAGCUUAAGCGGGCGGCCGGUCUCUUACACUAAAUAUCGGAUUCACGUCUUCACGGAACUCCGGGCACCGACAUCGUCGUCGUUAAUGACGACGAGUAAUAAUAAAUCGGCGCUUUUUUUGAGGGGGGUGUUGGCAGGAGGGGCGGGGGGGGGCGCGCGAAUUUCCCAGUGAGACUUUUAAAAGUUGCGUCGAGAUGAGAAUUCGGCCCGGUGUCUCUCCACGUGGGCCCCGGUGGCUCCCUCCACCGUCACACCAGCGCGGGGCCACCGGCGGGGGACCGGCGGGAAGCCUCCGGGACCCUUUGUUGGGCGAAACCAAUGACGGUGGCCAAACUUGUUGGGUGAAACCAAUUACGGUGGUCAAAUUGACCAGGGAUAAAAUUUUCGUUCUCUCCCCGGGGGGGGGGGGGGGGGGGGCACGCACACCGCCACUCGACAACAAAUGCAGCAUUCGCACGCUUUUAUAAUAAUAAUAAUAAACGAUGAUGCUGCUGAUUGGGCUUGAGUCGCCCAACCCACUCGGAGCCACGGCUGAGUUGUGGCUGCAAAAAAAAGUCAUAAGAGUGUUGAAUUGUAGUAAUAAUAGUGUUGGUGAUGUUUUGCCGAGUGUAAAAAAGUUUCUUCUUGGAGUGAGUUUGAAUCAGAGAGGGCUUUUUUUUAUCCCAUUCGUCACAAGAAGCAGCCUCCAUUAAACAGCUGCGGUAACAUUUCCAAAUCUGGCUGUGAUUCAGGCACGUUCAGCUGCUCAACUCUUGCAAAAAAUAUAUAAAUAUAAUUAUUUCCUUGUCGUGGAAUUAUAGAAAAUGAACGAUCGCGGAGCGCGAUUGGUUAUGAAUAAUUAUCUCAUUGCUCAUGACCAGUGGCUGAAAUUGGAUUUCAACGGGAAAAUCCUGGUUCCAGCCGCCAGCCAUGAAGGCUGGGGAUCCGUGUGAAUGAAUUGGCGACGUGAAUGAAUUAAUUGAAUGAGUGAGCUGUGGCCAUGACGUUACUUAGCGAGGCCCUCUCUAGUGCGCUCGGGUUAUGGCACGGGUUAUGGGGAGGUGUCACCGCCAUGAACCGUCAGCUCCACUCACCACCUUGCUCGCUCACUCACCCACUGCCACACUCGCUCACUCACUCGCCAACGCACUCCUGCACACACUCACUCACCCCCUAGCUCGCUCGAUUGAUUUCCACCUAACUCCUUUGCCAGCUCACUCAUCCGCUCAGGCACCAACUGAAAUGCACGCUUACUCAACAGCUCACUCACUCGCACCCGCUCGCCCACUCCCAUCGCCUGCUGGGAUGUUGACACUGGUUGAGGGCGAGCUGCAGACGGUGGUGACUCGGGAAUCCCACGUCGUGUGCGAGCUUAGGACUAACGCGAGCUGCCUGCGGGAAAUUGUGGACAAAUAACAAAAUGCAUACGCAGACAUGUACAUAAAUACAUAUACAUGCAUGCAUAAACACACACAUGCAUUGAUACACAUAUAUGGAUACCGUUUGCAUUUAUACGGCAUCUAAAUGCAACCGUUUAGUGACAAACACAUACAUAAAUACAUGCACAGCCCACAAAUACACACAUUGCAUACAUAUUUACUUUCACACGCAUAACGCAUAAACACACACACACACAUAUGCUAUAUUGAAGUCUAUAACGCGUGCAUACAUAAAACACUCAACGGCCGCCAUUCGACGUGACAUCACCACAGCGCUUGUGCCAGGCUAGGUGCACACACGCCAACAUGCACCCACACACUGGGGCGCUGUGCACCUUUCCAAAGAGACCUCACUCAAUAUGCAGCAGCGCGUCACGUGUGCGGGGUGACCCGGCCCCUCCACUUGCCCAGGUAGCCCCCCCCCCACCUACACCCCCCCCCCGCCACCUCCUUUCCGACCUCCCUUAUCCGUACCUGGGUGCUGGGGAUGCGAGUGACUGAUCAGGCUGGGAGUGGGAGGAGGAGGGGAGGGAUGGGGAGUUUGGGGAAGGUGGUGAGAGGAGUUGGGGGUGGGGGGCUUGUGAUGGAAGCCCCGUUCCUCUCACCUGGGCGCAGGUGUCGUAGUCACGUACUGCUGCCCGCGCUCGCAGCGUCUCCGCGCGCUUUAGAACUCACGUGACACGCGGACGUGUCCCGCAUGUUGUUGCUAUCGUUGCAUCGUGCGUAGGCGUAUGUAUGUGUGUGUGUUGUAUACACGUUAUUAUUUUAAAUGAUUAAUUGUUCACAGCUGUGUUGGUCGCGCGCGCGUAGAGACACCACAGGAACCCACCCGGACACCCCCCCCCACUCUAUCCCCUCCCCCUAUUUCCCUCUCCAUCUCCCCCAGGUUCACGGUUCAAUCCCUGGUAUUCGCGCUUUGCAAACGUACACCAACUCACCAAUCACGAACACGACUCACCACCUUAAUAAUUUAACGCCGCCUUAUAACAUGCAUAGACUGUACUGACGUUUCGGGCAAUGGCCCUUCGGAGUAUAAAGAGACACAGUGAUUGGCCCAUGUGAUAAGUAAGGCAGCACUGUUAGGUGUGGCCAGCCAACGUUGGACCAACUUUCCAUUGUUACUGGAACAAGGUCACAUAACAAGGUCACAUAUACGACAUGUGACCUUUGAUGAAGUAACACAAAAAGCCACAACUGAUAAUGUUCACCAUGAGAAUUAUGCGAGGUUUAAGAAAUUACGUUUUUUUUAAUCUUCACCGUUCAUAGGAUGAGGGACAGGUAGCGGCUG